AUGGCCGUUUCAGGUGGAAGCAGCGGUGUCGAGUAUAUUUCAACACAAAACGUUUCGCCCAGACUUCCGCUGCCCUCGAUGUCAGAGGAUAACAUCGAGGCAUAUUUUUAUUCGCUAGGUUUCUGGUUUGAAGCCUCGCGAGUUUUUGACGAUUCAGUGAAAUUUAACAUUGUGUUAGCAAGUGUGCCUCCGGCAAAACUAAUUGAAAUGCGCAAUAUUAUCGACGACACGCCUCUUACAGAUAAAUACGGGUAUAUUCGGCGGAAAAUUAUUGAUAUUUUCGCCGAAAGCCAGCAGCGCCGCCUCCAACGGGUUUUAAAGGAGCUACCGCUAGGCAAUCGUAGACCCAGAGAGUUGUAUCACGAGAUGCGACGCACUGCUGGACCCGCACUCAGAGAGAGCAUUCUGCACGAUCUGUGGGUUAGUCGUUUACCGCCGUACGCCCAAGCGGCCAUUAUCGCGACAAACGCUCCUAUCGGUGAGAAGAUAAAAAUCGCGGAUUCCAUCUCAGAGUGCUUAGAGAUGAAAGUUGGUAACCAGAUUUGCGAGGUUAGCACCGAACCGUCGUUUCCAGAUGAGUGGUCGAAUCUUCGAGCUGAAGUCGCUGCUUUAACAAAGCAGGUCAAUCAAUUCAUGCGCAACAGCCGCACACAACAGCGCUCUAGAUCUUCAAGUGCCUCACGCAGCAGAAGAGGCACGCUCAAUGUACCGUGCUUGUGCUGGUACCAUACGAAAUUCGGGGCAAACGUCACAAAGUGUCGACAGCCGACAGCACACAUUCGCCGCCUCAAAACGUCGAGUAGGUGGGCGGAGCUAAUCCAGUAUCAGGGCUCGGCAAAUACCCUGAUAUACAAAGGAGCUAUCGACUCUGCAUCAACGAUACAUCAGCGAAAAUGA